CAUAUUCCAUCUCUUUAUUUAAUUUUCUGUGAUCUCUUUAACCUUCUUUCUCCAUACACAGUUUUCUUUGAAGAAAAUGUCAAGUAUGAAAACCGUUGGCAAGCCUCCACUUGCUAAAUCGCCCACCAGGCUGCGUCCUCGCCGUUCUAUUCGAUCUGAAUCCACCACUUCACAGACUCCUCCUGGUUCUUUAGCUAAAUCUCAGAGACCAAACCGGAAAUGGGACAUGGAAGAAUCUGAUCUCCGCCCCGAAUACCAAUCAAUAUCCUGGGAAUUACGUGCUCUAGCGAAGAUGACUCGCGGUGAAUUUGGAAAUGGGGAGUCAAGUAAUGGUGGAGUUGGUCGAAGUUUGAGUGCAAAUUCUAGCCCUUUGUUUGAGAGAGUAACUAUCGAGUCUUCAAAGAGGAGGGAUUCGAAGAAGCUUGAGAACUUGAGGAAAUCUGUUUCUGCUGCUUACUAUGUGGAGAGAAAUGAGAAUCCAAGGUACAUGUUGAGGAGCAUGAAUAAGGAGAACAAGAAGCCUCCUUUGCCUGUUCACAAGUACGAGAAAUCUGUGCUUGCAAGUGAAAGGAAAGUUACUGCUCGGAAGGCUAGGAAAAUCUGA